UCUCCCGGAAUGUGGGGCGGCGGCUCCCCCCAGGCAAAGGCUGCCAUCUGCCCGACUCCCCGCUGCGGGAUGUGAGCGCCCCCGAGCGGCGGAGACCGGACAGCCCCACUGCGCAGGAGCGGGAGAGAGUGCGGGGGGGCUGGCCCCAGUACGCCCAAGGCCGCCCCCGGCCAUGGCACCAGCCGGCCCCGCCCGGCUCCUGGGGCAGGGGAGGCUGCUGCCGCCGCUGCCGAGGGCCUGGCUCCCCGGCCCGAGCCAGUCACAUGGUGCCUGAUCUCCCUGCCCAGCGCGGCCGGUCGCGCUUCCUGGGCCGGGCAGGAAGCAGCAUGGAGCUCGGCCGCGGCUGCUGAGCGGGGCGGCAUCGGAUCAGCCUCUGCGCGCGGGGCCCCGGAGCGGCUGCCCGGAUGGCUGCUCAGGGCUCUUCAGUGGAGGCCAUGGACCAGCGGCUCCAGCAGGCCCAGAGGUUCAAAGAAGACGGGAACCGGUGCUACAAGGAGGGGCGCUUCAGGGAUGCCGUGAGCCGCUACCACCGGGCACUGCUGCAGUUGCGAGGGUUGGACCCCAGUGUACCCUCUCCCCUGCAGGCCUUCGGGCGCGAGCAGCCGCCAGUGACGCCUGAGCAGGAGAGGGCACUGCACGGCACCCAGACUGACUGCUACAACAACCUGGCUGCCUGCUUGCUCCACAUGGAGCCAGUGAACUACGAGCGGGUGAAGGAGUACAGCCUCAAGGUGCUGGAGAGGCAGCCUGAGAAUCCCAAGGCCCUGUACCGUGCCGGCGUGGCUGCCUACCACCUCCGGGACUACGACCAGGCCCGGCACUAUCUCAUGGCGGCCUCGUGCAGCCAGCCCCGAGACGCCAACGUCAAGCGGUACCUGCAGCUGACAGAGUCCCAGCUCACCACCUACCACCAGAAGGAGAAGCAACUCUACAUGGGGAUGUUCAGCUAGCGAAAUCAUGGCUCCCCCCACCAGAUACCACCAGGGCCACAUGGAUGCACCCCCCUUUCCUGGACAGACUCCCAGGCCACAGGGACACUCCCACUGACAUAACACCAGGGUAAUGGGGACAUGUCUGGCUUUCCAUUGAUGGCAUAGGACCCAUGAGGUCACUUGGGACCUGGGUUGCUAGAGAGGAAACCCGAGGCUGGUGGCUAGGACCUGCUUGGACUGCUCCCUUUCCUCUUGUCUGCGGAGCAGUGUCCUCUGUUGUUCCCAAGGGCCUGGACAUUCCCAGAGUCACAACUGCACAGGCUCAACCACCCCAUGGUUGUGGUGCCAGAGACAGGGAGUGUGGGCUGGAUCAUUAGCUUUGUCACCACACUGGCCCUCUUCAUAAAGUGACCUGUCUCCCUGCA